CGGUGCUUGAUGGCGGUUAGCUUGUUGCAGCCGCCCUCUCGUCUCUGUCGACAGCAGAUCCUCCUCCAGCCUCUUUAAACUGCUUUCACCGCCACACAAGCGACAUUUUUGGGGGUUCAGGCUCCAGCCCUCCGUCCUUCUGCCGGGCAUAUCAGUCUCCGCGUCUCUGAGGAUAUUUCUUUCUGUGUCAAGAGCGUUUGGAAACGAAACUGAACCCAGGAGCUGUGUUUUUAGGCUGCCUCAGUGGGCGGAUAAAGCGGAGGAGGGCAUCCGGGCCUGGCAGCUCCGGAGAGUCAGGUCGAAACGACGGAAUUCACCAUUUUCAGGUCUUGAACUGCCCUGCUAUGGAGAAGAUGAAGAGGAUUAAGAAACGUCUGUCGUUAACUCUCCGCUCCAGCCAGACUAUCGAUGAGUCUCUCUCCGAACUGGCAGAGCAGAUGACCAUUGAGGAUGGUGGCACUAAGGACAAUGAGCCCUUCAUGAGGAACGGCCGUCCCCCAACCUCCCACAGCAUGCACUCUUUCCUGCACCAGUACACAGGCUCUUUCAAGAAGCCCCCUCUCCGUCGGCCGCACAGCGUCAUUGGUGGCACCCUGGGGUCCUUCAUGGCCAUGCCACGGAAUGGCAGUCGUCUAGACAUUGUGCAUGAGAACUUGAAGAUGGGUUCAGAUGGAGAGAGCGACCAGGCAUCAGGAACAUCUUCAGAUGAGGUUCAGUCUCCAACAGGCGUUUGCCUGAGGAACAGAGUCCAUCGGCGAAUCUCCAUGGAGGACCUCAACAAGCGCCUGUCGCUGCCUGCUGAUAUCCGAAUUCCUGACGGUUACCUGGAGAAGCUGCAGCUCAGUAGCCCACCCUUCGACCAACCGCUCAGCCGCCGCUCCCGCCGAGCCUCCCUGUCGGAGAUUGGUUUUGGGAAGUUGGAGACAUACAUUAAGCUGGACAAGCUAGGAGAGGGAACAUAUGCCACAGUAUUUAAAGGACGCAGUAAGCUCACUGAUAAUCUUGUGGCACUGAAGGAGAUUCGGCUGGAGCAUGAAGAGGGAGCACCAUGCACCGCCAUCAGAGAAGUGUCGUUAUUGAAGGACCUCAAACACGCCAACAUUGUGACAUUACAUGACAUCGUUCACACAGACAAGAGCCUCACGCUGGUGUUUGAGUACCUGGAUAAGGACCUGAAGCAGUACAUGGAUGACUGUGGAAACAUAAUGAGCAUGCACAAUGUGAAGAUAUUCCUGUUCCAGAUUUUGCGAGGGCUGGCAUAUUGUCACAAGAGGAAAGUCCUCCACAGGGACCUGAAGCCUCAGAACCUGCUCAUUAAUGACAGAGGAGAACUCAAACUGGCUGAUUUUGGUCUUGCAAGGGCUAAAUCUGUCCCAACUAAAACCUAUUCUAAUGAGGUGGUGACUCUUUGGUACCGGCCUCCUGAUGUUCUUCUUGGCUCCUCGGAGUAUUCAACACAGAUCGAUAUGUGGGGUGUUGGUUGUAUAUUCUAUGAGAUGGCUGCAGGUCGGCCGCUGUUCCCCGGCUCCACUGUUGAGGAUGAGCUCCAUCUUAUCUUCCGGUUACUGGGCACACCUACAGAAGAGAACUGGCCUGGAAUCUCCUCCAUUGACGAGUUCAAAUCCUACAACUUUCCCAAAUACAAACCACAGCCGCUCAUCAACCACGCUCCCAGGUUGGACGGUGAGGGUAUUGAGCUGCUGCUGUCUUUCCUCAAAUAUGAAUCCAAGAAGAGGAUUUCAGCAGAGGAGGCGAUGAAGCAUUCCUAUUUCAGGCAGCUUGGGAUGCGAGUUCACGUACUGCCAGAGAAUGUAUCAAUAUUCACAUUAAAGGAGGUGCAGCUGCAGAGAGACCCUGGUUAUAGGAGCUCCUCAUACCCAGAGUCAGGUAACGGCAAGAUCAACCGGAGGCAGAGCAUGCUCUUCUAAUGUUGAAGAAGUAGAUGGUCGACUGCCCAUCAUCAUCAUUUCCUGACCGUGACCAGCCUCUCUCGCAUGAGCCCACCUGCCCUCAGAGUGAACCCCCCCUCCCAUUACUUGCACACACACACAUAAACACGCACACACACCCCUCUGAGCGAGUGACUCUGGGUUGAAUCUGUGUUUAUUUAUUGGGGGGGCGGGAUGAGGUUGAAAUUUUUUGCUGCUAAACUACUACUGUUCAUAUUUAACACACCGUGUGUGUGUGUGUGUCUGCGUGUGUGUGUACAUGAUGUGAACUCAAGACGCCGUGCACAGUUGACCAGUCAGUGAGGUUAUUAUUGUUUUUUUGUCACACUGAUUCUCCGGCUUUGAAUUACAGUUUCACUGAUUUUGAUGUCAACGCUGUGAUCCAAGUUGUUGUUCUUGUUGUUGUGCUUGGAGACCAAGCGCUUCACUUUGUCCAGAAUUUUUUUUAUAAAUAUGUAUAUCUAUAUAUAUAUAUAUUUGAAAUGUAUGUUUCAUUUUCUUCGAGCUUCCGUGACUGAACUCAACAUUUCCAGGUUUAGAAAGACCAGAAUGACUAGACAGUUGUUGUUGUUGUUGUUUGGGUCAAAAAACUGGCUGUUUUGAAUUCUUUGUUAUAAUUUCCAUGAAACAUUUCAGACACUCUUCAUUAAGGCCCUGCUGCCCUCAGGGGGUUAUACUGAGGGUUCAAAAUGCCAGAUUGAGAGUGGACUGUUGUAAUGGUUUGAGGUGAUGGAGUAACAAAGCACAGAGUCCAAUCAAACGGGGAGAACAUGAAACCAGCUUUGGGGUUUUUUUGUCGUUCUUUUUCAACCAUUCUGGCUCAGCAACGGGACCAACACUGAGGAGGGAAAGGCAAACAGUUGUCACAGCUAUUUGGAAGGAAAGAAGAGGAAUGCUGGAGCUGAAUAGGAAGUCAUGUGACAUCCCACAGGAAGCCAGCAAGCCUUCCCUUAAACUCCAGAAAAGCUCAACUGCCAGGACUUCAGUGCUUUAAAAAAAAAAAAUGCAAGUUACACUUUUCUCGCUCUGUGUGCAUUCCGAGAUCUCACUGCAGUAACUUUUUGUUUUUAACUUGCACUUCAGUGUGUAUUUUUUGGAAUCAGGGACCCAGGCCUCAACACGGCCGAGUUUACCCAUCAGUAUUAAGAUGUGUUCUCUGUGUCUGUGACCUUUGACCUCUCCUUGUGGAACACAGUGUCGUUGUGGCAUGUAUUUCGAAGGCAGGGGUGUGGGGUGGAAUAGCGGGACAAAAUGGUGGUUUUCUACGUGGUGUCCACUGCUCUGUACACAAGAAAAAAAUUUCAAAUUGAAAUUUUAGAUUUAACUGCCCGCUGUGUUGUUUGCAACUGACAGUGAUGCUACAGAUGAAGCCGGUUGAGAAGUCUCACUUUUCACUGCAUGUUUACUGAAUCCGAUGGAAAAUCUCCUCAGAUCACUUUUUUAAAAAAAUGUCUACUGGUGUGCUUUGCAUUCCUGGCAUGAUGUUGUAAUUUCUUUGUAUUCCUGUGGAUACUUGGACAAAUGUAGAUGUUGUCACAUCUUGUCCACAAAUUUCCAGCAGCUACUUGAUUACAGAAAGUGUUUUAUAAAACUAAAAUGUUACCAUUAAGUUUCAGGUUUUGUGUCUUUGUAGAGAUACUAUUUUGCACAGAAACUAUGUAGUUUGAGACAGAGAGAUUAAUUUCUACAUUUACAGAAAAUAAACCAGAAUGCAAUGUUGCACUUUUAUGUUUGAGUGGAUCUGAGGAAGAUUUUCCCAUUGCAGCAGCUUUCUGCUUACAUUCAAUCCUGUUCUCUUUUGAGAUUUAUAGGUGUAUUUGAUUACUCUUGGCUCAGCACUAGCUUUCGCUGAACAUACUGAUUGGGUAGAACAUGCAACAAAAGUGCAGUAGGCACUACUAAUACUUGAUAAAUACAUUAUUCCAGGAGCUAAGACAGAUAAUGGAAUAAAUAUUGAACACAAAUUAGCAGCUAGUCUAAAAAUAUUUAUUACACUUGGUGUGAGAGAUAUAUUCCGAAACAAAAUGGCGUAACUUCAU